CAUUAACCAGCAAGGAAGCUGGCAAACAAGAUUUAGCAGCAGCUGCCUCACAGGCUUACUGUGCACAUACAGGACUCAGGGCAGCAGGACUCAGCCAGCGGGUGCAGCCUGAGCUCUCUGCAGACCGGCCGAGCCAUCCUGAACCAUGCUGCUCUCCCUGUGUGCUUAUCUCCUGUGGCUGUCCACCAGUGGCCUCUGGACUGUCCAGGCUAAGGACCCAAAUACUGACAUGAGCAUCGGAAGCCAACACCGGAACCUAGCUCCAAACAAUGUUGACUUUGCCUUUGACCUGUAUAAGCACCUAGUGGCCUCAGCUCCUGGCGAGAACAUCUUCAUCUCUCCCGUGAGCAUCUCCAUGUCCUUGGCUAUGCUUUCUCUGGGUGCCUGCGGCUCCACAAGGGCCCAGCUUCUCCAAGGCCUGGGCUUCAAUCUAACUGAGAUGCCUGAAGCUAAGAUCCACCAGAACUUCCAGUACCUACAUCACCUCCUCAAGGAGUUGGACACCACCAUGGGCAAUGCCUUUUUCCUCAACCAGAGCCUAGAGCUUCUAGAGUCAUUCUCAGCAGACGCCAAGCUUUAUUAUGAGUUGGACACCUUGGCUAUAGACCAGGACUGGGCCAGAGCCAGUAAGCAAAUCAAUGAGUAUAUCAAGAAUAAGACACAAGAGAAAACUGUGGACUUGUUCUCGGAGUGGGAUAGCCCAGCCACGCUCAUCCUGGUCAACUACAUCUUCUUCAAAGGCAUAUGGGCGCACCCCUUCCACCUGGAGAGUACCAGGGAGGAGAACUUCUACGUGGACGAGUCGACCCUGGUGAAGGUGCCCAUGAUGUUCCAAUCAAGCAAGAUCAAGUACCUGAAUGACUCAGUGCUCCCGUGCCAGCUGGUGCAGCUGGACUACAUGGGCAACGAGACCGUGUUCUUCAUCCUUCCAGAGAAAGGGAAGAUAGACACCGUCAUCAACGCGCUGAGCCGGGACACCAUUCAGAGGUGGUCCGACGCCCUGACCAGUGGCCAGGUGGACCUGUACAUCCCCAAGGUCUCCAUCACUGGAGCCUAUGACCUUGAAGCCCUCCUGAAGGUCAUGGGCUUUGGAGAAGUGUUCAGCAACCAGGCCAAUUUCUCAGGCAUCACCCAAGAGGCCCAGCUGAAGUUGUCAAAGGUGGUCCAUAAGGCCGGGCUGCACCUGGACGAGAAGGGUGUGAAGGCCACUGCCCCUCCUGUAGUCACCAGAAACAUAACUUCUGGGCCUCGCACCAUUCACUUCAACCAGCCCUUCAUUGUCAUGGUCUUUGACAACUUCACAUGGAGCAGCCUUUUCCUGGUCAAGGUUGUGAAUCCCAAGAGCCAGAGCAUAGUCUGACUUUAGGUUCCAGGGACCCCACAGAAGUGAUGGUGGAGAGUCCCCCCAGGCUUCUCCAGGUUGUCCUCUGUGAAGUUGCACUGCGACUGAUGACAGUAUUUUGGAGGAAGGUGAGACAACUGAGAAAAUGUGAACAGCAUCCACAUAAUAGAGCACCAGUGUAAUCGCUGUCAUCUGUCGUCUGCACUAUAGUGAUACAAUACUAUGUGGAAGUUGGGUGAAGGGUACAUAAAAGCACUAUUAUUUUUAAAAUUU